CCAAGAAUGAGGGAGCUAGUUACAGUUAGCUCCUCCACUCUCUUCCCUCCAAGCCCUUGUCCUCCCCACCACCGCCGGCGCUGUCGCCACCACAACCGGCAAUGCGCCCCCAAAUCUCCCAUUCCCGAACCGGUCAAACCCUCGCAUUCCAAAUCGCCUCCUAAAUCUGCGCCAUCGUCAUCGGCGGUUUCUGUGCCUCUUCCGCUAACCGCCGUCCAACGAGACCUCGUUUCCCGCCGCCAUACCCGCCUCAGUUACUACGCCGACCUCGCUUCGAAACGCGCCGGCGAUGGAAGGCUUGAAGACUUCUUGAUGAUCGCCGAGAGCGUCAUUGACUCGGGUGCGGAGCCCCAAAAGCUCGUUGCUUUGCUGAAUGUCGAGCUCGUGUCUGCGGGCAUUUCGGGGAUGAUUCGUUGCGAAGGGAAGCUUCGGACUGUUCUGGAGGUGUUGAGCAGCGCUGAGAAGCUUGGGAUUUCGCCGUUGGUUCUGCUUGAUGGAGUUGCCAAAGAGUCCGUUGCCACAGAAUGUCGCCGAAUUGUGGGUUCCCGUAAUGUCGCAGAAGCCGUUGAUUUGAUGGAAAUUCUUGCUGGUUUUGGCUUCUCAAUCAAAGAACUAGUGGAACCACUUUAUGUUAUAAAAGUUUGUGUUGAGAAACAGGACCCAAGCAUAGCCAUAAGGUUUUGCAGGUAUGCAUGCAUUCUUCCACAUGCACAUGUAGUAUUAUGCACAAUUAUCCAUGAAUUUGGAAAGAAAAAGGCCUUGGUGUCUGCACUGACAGUAUUUGAAGCAUCCAAGCAGAAGUUGGGUGGUCCUAAUAUGUAUGCCUGCCGCAUGAUAAUUGAUGUUUGUGGUCUUUGUGGUGACUACAUAAAAUCAAGAGACAUAUAUGAGGAGUUGCUUGCUCAAAAGUUCACUCCGAAUAUUUAUGUUCUUAACAGCCUUAUGAAUGUGAAUGCCCAUGACUUGACCUAUGCAUUGCAUGUAUGCAGGCACAUGAAGCAUCUUGGGGUCACCCCAGACGUGGCAUCUUAUAAUAUCCUUCUAAAGGCAUGCUGUCUUGCUGGAAGGGUUGAUUUGGCACAGAACAUUUAUAGGGAGGUGCAACAUUUGGAAUCAACAGGAGCAUUAAAAUUGGAUGUUUUCACAUACAGCACAAUUAUUAAGAUUCAGGUUUUUACCGAUGCAAAACUGUGGCAUAUGGCGCUGAAAAUUAAAGAAGAUAUGAUAUCAUCCGGCAUUACUCCCAAUACAGUCGCGUGGUCAUCAUUGAUAAGUACCUGUGCUAAUGCAGGUCUUGUAGAGCAGGCUUUUCUGCUAUUCAAAGAGAUGCUUUUGGCCGGUUGUGAACCAAAUUCACAGUGUUGUAACAUUCUUCUACAUGCCUGUGUUGAAGCCUGCCAGUAUGAUAGAGCUUUUCGUUUUUUUCAUUCCUGGAAGACAACUGGGCUGCAGGAGGUAUUUGGUGAUGAUUUUAACCGGCCUAAUGACACUAGAGAUAACUUCGUGGGCAUGGGACAUGCAUCUGAAAAUUCCAGUACAAGUAUGAUAAAUGAUACUUCUAAUUCACAUUGCACAAACUUCACUAAGAAGUUACCCUUUACACCCACUACUGCAACAUAUAAUAUUUUGAUGAAGGCCUGCGGUACUGAUUAUUGCCAUGCUAAAUCUUUGAUGGAUGAAAUGAAGAAGGUGGGGCUUUCUCCCAAUCAUAUAAGUUGGUCAAUUUUGAUUGAUAUUUGUGGAAGAUCAGGCAAUGUGGAGGCUGCUAUCCAGAUUUUGAAAUCCAUGCGUGAGGCUGGAAUUAAGUCUGAUGUUAUUGCAUACACAACAGCAAUCAAGGUUUGUGUGGAGUCUAAAAAUUUGAAGAUAGCAUUUUCAUUAUUUUCAGAAAUGAAAAGAUACCAUAUACGACCAAAUUUGGUGACCUAUAAUACACUUCUAAGAGCUCAUAGCAGAUACGGUUCCUUGCAUGAAGUACAACAGUGCUUAGCUGUGUACCAGGAUAUGCACAAAGCUGGGUAUAAAUCCAAUGAUUACUAUCUUAAGGAAUUAAUUGAAGAGUGGUGUGAAGGAGUGAUACAAGAUAACAAUCAGAAUCAAGGCCAGUCCAGUUCUUUCAACAGACCUUCUUUCAACAGACCUCACUCUGGAAGGUCACAAAUUCUGCUUCUUGAAAAGGUUGCAGCACACCUGCAAAAAGAUAUGGCUGAUAAUCUCGUGGUUGAUCUUCAGGGACUGACACAGAUUGAGGCUCGGAUUGUUGUUCUUGCGGUUUUGCGAAUGAUCAAAGAGAAGUAUUCUCUAGGAGACCUAGUAAAUGACGACCUGCUGAUCAUCAUAGGAGUAGGGGAAGUAAGCCUGGGUACUAAUGCACAUACAGCUGCAGGGAAAAAUGCAAUCAUUAAGCUUCUGCAGAAUGAACUGAGGCUUGAAGUUCUUUCAGCAGUACCACAAAUUGAGCUUAAUAACAAUAUGGAUCUAGGAAGCUGCCUUGAUUCAGACGCAGACUUGGGAAUAAAGAGGUUACCCACAGAAUUGGAGUUUUCCGCAAGAAGACCUGCAGUUCUAGAAAGGUUAAAGGUCACAAAGGAAUCAUUGUAUCGAUGGUUACAGAGAAGAGUGGGUACAAUUAAAAGGUGAUCCUUUUGUAUGUAUCAUUGCUAAUUUUUGCAUAAUUUUCAUUGUGUUUUAUAAUUUUCUUUAUUAUUUUUUAUACUGCUUCCAAAGUAUGAUAAGUUAAUUGUUGUAAUACCAACAGAGAUCACAUAUUAAACUGAAAAUGUAAAGAUUUUACCA